CAAACAAUAAGCGCAGCGCGGUCGCGAGCUCCGGCAGCAAGUCUGAGCGCGUGCCCUGAGCGGAGCAGAGCCAUGAGGUUCACGCUGGUCCAGGUGUGCGUCGGGGCGGCGGGCGUCGCCGCCCUGGUCUACGUCGGCUACCUGGUCAGCCGCCUGCUCGCCAUUGUCACCGAGGUGCGCCGCAUGAAGAAAGUCCUCGGAGACACCCCGCCGGGCCCGCGCUCCUUCCCCAUCCUCGGCAACGUCCUGGAGCUGCUCGCACCGCGCAACGGCUUCUGGUCCAAGAUGGUCGCCCUGGUGCAGAAGUACGCGCCCACCUUCCGCUUCUGGGUCGGUCCGAACUGUUUCAUGGUCAUCACCCACCCGAGCGACUUUGAGUACGUGCUCAACAACCCCAAGUUCAACGAGAAGUCGUCCUGGUACCCGUUGGCCCAGUCGGCCCUGGGCACGGGGCUCAUCGUCCUCGGCGGCGAGCAGUGGAGGCGACACCGCAAGGCCGUGGCGCCGUCCAUGCACCAACAGAUCAUCACGCAGAACGUCCAGAUGUUCUACCGCAAAGCCCUGGACAUCUCCGAGGAGGUGCUGUCCGCGGCCGCCCAGUCCGGCGCCACGCUGGACAUCAAGGACUUCUGCAACACGGUGUCGAUGGACGCGGUGUGCGAGACGAUCCUCUCGGCGGACCUGUCCUCCUCUCGGGAGGCGCUCAAGCGCUUCGUGGACGCGAAGAACAAGAGCUGCGACCUGGUGGCGUACCGCGUGUACAACCCCUGGCUGCUGAGCGACAGGGUCUACUCGCUGACCCGCGAGGCGCGCGAGGUGCGGCGCAUCGAGAAGCUCACGGACCGGUUCGUCGACGAGGUGAUUGCCAAGAAGCGCGACCGCGACCACGUCCCCUCGACGGCGGAGCCCUCCCCCAAGAGGCGCUCCUUCCUGGAGCACGCGCUGGCCGACGCGACCGUCGCCAAGCUGAUGAACGACGAGGAGCUCCGGGAGGAGGCCAAGGCCAUGGUGAUCGCCGGAGAAGGCUCCGUCGCCACCGCCAUGAGCUUCACCCUGCUCAUGUUGGCCAUGCACCCCGGCGUGCAGAAAGCCGUGCAUCAGGAGCUCGAGGACGUGUUCGGCGACGACCCCGACCGGCCGGUCACCGAGGACGAGGUCCCUCACCUGCAGUACCUGGAGCGGGUCGUCCUCGAGACCCUGCGACUCUUCCCGAUCGUGGCGGUCUUCGGACGGAACUGCCCCGAAGACAUUCAGCUGCCCAGCGGCUGCCCCGCGCCCAAGGACAGCCAGCUGCUCUUCUUCACCUACCACAUGCACCGCGACCCCGCGUGGUGGCCCCGCCCGCUGGAGUUUGACCCCGACAGGUUCCUGCCCGAGCAGACGCACACCCGCCCGCCGCUGUGCUACGCCCCCUUCAGCGCCGGGCCGCGGUCGUGCAUCGGCCAGCGCUACGCCAUGAUGUACCUCAAGACGGCGCUCGCCACGGUGCUGCGGCGCUACGACGUGCACCGCGCGCCGGGCGACGUCCACGAGGUGGCCGACCUCCCCCUCGAGAUUGGCGUCAUCCUCACCAUGCAGGGCGGCUUCCCCCUGAGAGUCAGCAGGCGGCAGGACGCGCAGUCAUCGGCUGGAAUCAAAAGCAGCGUUUUCAAAUAAAACAGAGAUUGUAAGUCA